GAAACGAUAGCGGCCGUUCGGAACCUGCUGACCCAGAAGAAGUUGCACAAAUUCGAGCUGGCGUCGAUUGCGAAUCUGUGUCCGGAGACCCCCGAGGAGGCCAAGGCUCUCAUCCCCAGUCUGGAGGGCCGAUUCGAGGAUGAGGAACUCAGGCAGAUAUUGGAGGAUAUCCAGACCAAGAGGAGUCUCCAGUAUUGAGGAGCUACAGUCCUCAAGAUGUUGUGGAAGUCAAGGACUACCUGAGUUAGAAGAGAAUCCAUGGAUUUAUCAUCAAUAAUUGACGAUCUCUGGACUCAAACAGCUAAUCUUAUGUAUUAUAAUCUCUUGAGCUGGAUCCGUACACAACAGUGACAGUAAAUAUAUAAUUUGCAUGAGUUCUUAUUGGACUGUUUCCACUCAGCCCGGCCGAGCUAGUAUGAAUAACCCCAUAAGAACUUAUGGGAAUUAUAUUUUCACUGUCACUGUUGUGUACGGAUCCACUUGUAAAUAGUAGGCUACCUUUUAUUAUCUCUGAUUUCUAGUUUUGUCCGGUCUAGUUUGGUUUUUGUGUACGGAUUAUAUUGUGUAUAUAGUAGGCUACCUUUCAGUUAUUUUUUUCGUUCAUUAAAGGCCGUUUGCACAGUCAACGCUUGAACUGAAUUUGAUCAGCUGGUGGCUUAAACUAAAAAUGAACCACAUUUUAACGAACGAGCAAAGACCUUAAAGAGAUAUAGACCCACAAUGCCUA